AUGACUAAUUUCCAAAAUCAGCUCGCCCUGCUAGCUAACAAGGUCGCCGAACAUGACCAGACUCUCCUUCGCUUUGCCGCUCUUGAAGAACGGCUAGCUGCCGUCACUGCUGAAAACAAGACUCUUCAGCAGGAGAACGCUGAUCUCCGUGCCCGCCUGGCUGAAGCCCUUGCCGCCGCUGCCCAGCCAACGGUUUCCGCCCGCCCCGCCGCCCCUACCGCCCCUACCGCCUCUAGGCCUGCCCCCGCCCGCCAAGCCCCUUCCGCCGCUGAGCCCGCUGCCACCGCUGCCCCCACCGUUGCCCCAACUGAAGUUUGGAGCACGGUUGCCAAGAGGGGUAAAGCCAAGAAACCCGUCACUGCCAAGCGCCGUGAAGCCAUUGUCCGCGGCUUCAACCUUGAUACCGGCGAACAAGGUUAUGAAUAUGUGUAUAUUCAUCGUUCCCGUCGCUAUACCAGAAUGGAGGUCCGCCGAAACUUGCGCGUUCUUGGAAUCGAUGCCGCUCGCAUUCUUGAUGUUGCUUUCCCUGCCCGUGGUAUCAUUGGCCUCCUGAUCCACGUCCAAUUCAAGGCGUCGUUCCUAGAAUCCCUUGAACGAGCAAAGGUUCAAACUGUGGCCGAUUUUGAUCCUUUGGACCCUGCACACUUGGGUGAUCCUCGCUUUGUUACCGCCAGUGUCGCUGACCGGGAAGUUGCUGCCAUGCGCUUCCAUUCCCGCCGUUGCCUCCACGCCUUGAAUUUUGUGAUUGACCAUCACAAAGAUGCUGCCGUCGCCGUCGCCAAGGUUUUUGCCGAACAGGCUUGGAUAACUGAGGAAGACCUUGCCCGCGUCAUUGCCGCUACCCGUCCCAAGCUUUUUGAACGCCCAAAGUAUUCCCGAAACACGGUCUUCGGCUCCGGAGACUUUGAAUCCGAUAACGACGACACCGAUUCAAGCAUGGAAUAUUAA